AAUCAAGAAGCUUCACAGUUAAGCGACGACUUUGGAUAUUACCACAUAACACCACUAUACCCGACAAUAUCUAUAAAUCAUCAUCAAAGGAAAUAACGAAAUCAACAACAAUGUCGUCAACUGAUCCUUCCAUCCCUAAAUGGGUUGCCGAUUUACAAUCCCCCCCAGCCUCCAAAUCGAAGAAUAGUAGCAUUCCCGAUCCGCCCGGCUACCCGUCGCAGUCGACCGCAUUAUCAAAGAAACAAGCAUCAAAAGAAGCUAAAACACAACCCCGAAAACAACCAACGCCCGAAGAGAUGGAUACGCUGAAGCUGAAGAAGGCUUGGGAGGUGGCACUCGCGCCCGUGAAGAGCUUGCCCAUGACGGCCAUCAUGAUGUAUAUGUCAGGAAACUCGCUGCAGAUCUUCAGCAUAAUGAUGGUCUUCAUGGCCUUCAAGAACCCCAUCAUGGGCAUCAUCAGCACAAACCAGGCGUUUGAGAGGUUCGAGAGCGAGAGUAACAAGGGCAAGAUAAUACAGGCCAAGAUGGCUUACGUCGCGAUGCAGUUAGUGGCCUUGGCGGUUGGGAUUUGGAAAGUCAAUGCGAUGGGUUUAUUACCAACCACAAGAUCAGACUGGCUGGCCUGGGAAGCCCAACGAGAACCAUUAGAGUUUGCCGUUCCUGCUUUAUAGACUUGAGAGAUGUCAAAUAUAGUCUCACGUUGAAACCCGUUUCUACUUCCAAUGUCCUUUUCUCUAUCUCGUAUUCUUAGGGCUUAUCUACUUCGAUCCCGAUGU